AGGUGCUGCCAUGUACUGCAGAAUGGAGGAAUACCCUGAAAUCUGCCACAUUGACACUUCUUCUGCUCACAUUCAGUAACAUCUCAACUUCUGUCCUGCAAUGGGCUCAUGGCUGGGGGAGUCUAGUCUGGACAUCAGGAUGGGAGCAGCAUGUUUCUUGCUGGUCAGUGGUUUCCUCAGCUUGCACCUUCCUCCUUCUGGUUGCCAGCAGAAUUCGGGGCCAGUGAAUCCUUUUCCCAUGCCAGUGCCUGGUUCAGCAAGUCUGGGAGGACAAGGAGGGGAAUUGCUACCGCACUUCCUCCUAGAACCCGAGGAUGUUUUCAUUGUGAAGAACAAGCCGGUGACUCUGAGCUGCAAAGCAACCCCAGCCACGCAAAUCUACUUCAAAUGCAAUGGAGAGUGGGUCCACCAGAGUGACCAUGCGAUUCAGCACAGUGCGGACCGCAGCACGGGUCUCCCUGUCAUGGAAGUUAGGAUUGAGAUCUCUAGGCAGCAAGUGGAGAAGAUCUUUGGGCUGGAAGAAUACUGGUGUCAUUGUGUAGCAUGGAGCUCAUCUGGAACCUCCAAAAGCCAGAAGGCAUUUAUCCGAGUUGCAUACCUCAGGAAGAAUUUUGAGAAGGAGCCAUUGUCAAGGGAAGUGUCUCUGGAUCAGGAGGUGACUUUGUUAUGUCAGCCACCUGAGGGGAUUCCUCCUGCGGAGGUGGAGUGGCUGAAGAAUGAAGAUGUAUUAGAUCCUGAUAAAGAUUCCAAUAUUUUCAUUGGAACAGACCACAGCCUUGUUUUAAGACAGGCGCGUCUAGCUGACACUGGGAACUAUACGUGUGUGGCCAAGAAUAUAGUUGCUAGGCGGAGGAGUAACUCAGCAGCUAUCACAGUUUAUGUGAGUGGAGGAUGGGCAGAGUGGAGCUACUGGUCUUCUUGUGCCUCUGAUUGUACCCACUGGAGAAGCAGAGAUUGUACCCAGCCAGCCCCAAGGAAUGGUGGGCUACAGUGUCAAGGGCCUGACACAGAGACCCGAAACUGCACCAGUGAACUCUGCAUGCACACGGUAGGCGCCCCUGAGGAUGUGGCCCUGUAUGUUGGAGUAGUAGCUGUGGCGGUGUUCCUAGUACUCUUACUAGCGGUAAUACUAGUGUGCUGGCGCAGGAAGGAAGGCCUUGAUGCUGAUGUGGCUGACUCCUCCAUCCUAACAGCUGCUUUCCAGCCUGUUAGCCUCAAGCCUGGCAAAGCAGGCCAAGCUCACCUACUAACUAUUCAGCCUGAUCUCAGUACAGCAACAAUGACCUAUCAGGGAUCCUUGUGCCUACGACAAGAUGGUGGUAACAAAUUCCAGUUAACCAAUGGACAUCUUCUGCCACCUAUGGGUCCAGGUUUACCAAGGGAGCAUAGUCACACAUUACCAAGACUAUCCACCCAAAACUAUUUCCGCACCCUGCCACGUGGUUCAAGUAAUAUGGCAUAUGGUACCUUCAACUUUUUAGGAGGACGUCUUAAGAUUCCAAAUACUGGACUCAGUUUGCUCAUACCUCCAGAUGCCAUUCCCCGCGGAAAAAUCUAUGAGAUCUACCUGACACUUCACAAACAGGAAGAUGUGAGGUUACCUCUAGCUGGCUGCCAGACACUUUUGGGUCCCAUCGUCAGCUGUGGACCCCCUGGAGUCCUGCUUACACAGCCUGUUAUCUUGUCAAUGGAUCACUGCCUGGAACCUAGCCCUGAGAACUGGACUGUGCGCCUGAAGAAACAGUCUUGUGAAGGCAGCUGGGAGGAUGUCUUACAACUGGAUGGUGGGAGUCCGUCGCACCAGUUUUACUGUCACCUGGAGUCCCACAGCUGUUACCUGUUCACGGAGCAGCUAGGACGCUUCGCUCUGGUGGGAGAGUCCCUCAGCAUGUCAGCCACAAAGCGCCUAAAGCUGCUGCUCUUUGCCCCCACCUCCUGCACAAGUCUGGAGUACAGUUUGCGAGUCUACUGCAUUCCUGACACACAAGAUGCCAUGAAGGAGGUCAUACAGCUGGAGAAACAACAGGGGGGGCAGAUGUUAGACGAGCCACGGAUCUUACAUUUUAAGGAUAGUUAUCACAAUCUGCGCCUUUCUGUGCACGAUAUGCACAGCACCAUGUGGAAGAGCAAACUCUUGGCUAGCUACCAGGAGAUCCCAUUCUAUCAUAUCUGGAAUGGAGUGCAUGGGAAUCUUCACUGCACUUUCACACUAGAGCGCUUCAGUCUCAGCACAUGUGACCUGUCCUGCAGGGUUUGGGUAUGGCAAGUGGAAGGAGAUGGUCAAAGUUUCAACAUCAAUAUUAACCUAAAUAAGGAAAAUCGACUAUCAGAAAUAUUGUUAGAUGAAGCAGAAAAAGAAGCAGCAGCUUUGGUGGGUCCCAGCGCCUUCAAGAUCCCCUUCCUAAUGAGACAGAAGAUCAUAACAAGCUUAGAUGAGCCAUCCUCCCAUGGUGCAGAAUGGAGAGUGCUGGCUCAGAAGCUAAAUUUGGACAGCCAUUUAGGUUUCUUCAUCUCAAAAUCAAGUCCUACCGCCAUCCUCCUAAAUCUUUGGGAAGCACAGAACUUCCCUAAUGGAAACCUGGCACGACUGGCAGCUGCAGUGGCAGAGAUUGGAAAACAAGACUCUCUUAUGUACAUGAUGUCAGAAGCAGAGUGCUGAAGAUUUAUUGCUCAUCUGCUCGAUUCCAGCAAGUCCCAAGUCCAAGCUUGGCCAAGGGGCUCAACCUCCCAAAAUUAAUCAGUGGGCUUACUCUUUGAAAUGGCCCUUCCCUGGCAACUGUGGGUUAGAGGGCUUCAAACAUAUCUUUUCUUGUUUUUAACCCCUCUGCAACUGAAAGGGUUAAUCAUUUGUUCAGCUCCUUUAUGCAGAGCAGGAGGAUCAAAAAUGAAGCCAGAUGCCACAUUUAACUCUGUGCUGCCAAAUACUUAAUAAAAAUGCUGCUCUCAUAAGUUUUUCAUCAGAAGGUUAAGCUUGAAUGGACAUAUCCUGUAUGUGAAGAGGGCAUUGUCUAUAAUGUUGUUUUGUUAACUACUGUGGACCAUACUAAAAAACACCAACCCCACCUGAUAUGUAUUGCACUGGAGAGCAAAGGCACCAUAGACCCUUCAUGGGAAGUCAACCCACCAAUCACUACAGACUUUACUUCUCUCUCUAAACCAAGUGUCUUGUAUUGCUACCUUGUCAGUGAAGGUGCGACAGUGACACCCAGUGUUUGUGUUGUUCAGUUGUUACACCCAUACCCAGGUAAGUGAAGGUGCAAUAUAAAAAAUAAAAAAAAUAAAAAAAUGAAAAAAAGGAUUCUCACUAAACAAAGAUACAUCCCUACUUAAUAGCCAUACGAACCUUAGAGGGUGCAUCAGAGGUCAUUUUUUUACCUAAUCAAGGGAGAAAUCCCCCCAAAAUAGAAUUCAUUGGCCCUUUCACCCCUCAAGCCAGCUGUAUAUGCAAAACAAGAGCACUCCCUGCUCCAGGAGUGAAUGAUUGAGUGUGUUUUGAUUGUGGAUGCGUGUGCACAAGUGUUGUUUUUAUUUUCAAGACCAAGAAAAGUCAUUGGAACAAUAAAAAUGUGU